UUCACAAUAGUGUUACUUUAUUAUAUAAGUGUCUUAAGUCUCUGCCACGUGUCAUGUGCCCCGCCUCCAGCUCAAUGAGGAGAUCCAGAUGUGGGUUCUGGGAGGAGGCCCAAACAUGCAACCUCUGGCUCAGAAAAGCAACAGAUCCUUUUGACAGGAAAACAAAAGAUUAAGCACAGCUCACUUAGAAAACAGCCGUGCAUAAUCAUUCAUCACUUACUAGUUGUUGCGUUUUGGUGAAAACAGAUGCUCCUCUGUUUCUGUCAGGAAUGUGAGUUAAUGCUCAGACAGAUAGGACCUUCCUGUAAUUUAUAAGUAACCUACAAACACAUGGAACCAGAGUCAGGCUUGUCUGGACCAUGUUAAACACAACCUAAUCCUGCUCCUCAUCCAUCUCCCUUCAGCGUUUCAACAGCAACACAAGUGGCUGUAAAACAUCUGUAAAACAUUUGUUUUCACUGAGAUAAGAUUUCCUCAUUGGACUCUGGUGAAACACGACAGUCUUGCCAGGACGUGGAGCUGCGAGGAGCUUGUUUUGUGGUGCUGCAUCAAAACAAUAUUUCUUGUGGAUUCAAAGUGUUACAUGUACGAUGGAGACCAGAGGUGUUUGGCUGAUCUUUUUCCUUCUGCUGCUGGCCCAGUGCACACUCCAGCAGACCACCCCGAAGACAAGAAGUGGCAAGAAAGUUUGUCUGAGAGGGACCAAGAUCCUGGGGAAGUGUUUCCUGGCUGACCCGGUGCAGAAGACCUUCCACGCCGCCAGCGACGACUGCCUCGCCAAAGGAGGCAGCCUGGCCACCCCUCUGUCAGGGGACGAGAACGACCAGCUCUACAGCUACGUCCGCCAGAGCAUCGGCCCCGAGGAGCACAUCUGGCUGGGCAUCAACGACAUGGUGACCGACGGCCAGUGGUCGGACGGGUCUGGGUCCAGUGUGCGGUUCAAGAACUGGGAGACGGAGAUCACCCUGCAGCCGGACGGAGGGCGCAGCCAGAACUGUGCCAUCCUCUCCACCACAGCCAACGGGAAGUGGUUCGACGAGAGCUGCAGGGCCAAAAAGGCCUCGGUCUGUGAGUUCAACAUCGUCUGAGGCCAUAAAGGGAUAGUUCACCCAAAUACGCAUCAUCCAUGUUUCCGUAAACCCAAGACAAUCAAAUUUGGCUCGAAACUAUCAUUUACACCAAGUUUUAAAUUAAAUGUCCCAGUAUAUGAAAGUCGGGGCUAACGGACACUUGGAUCACACCACAGGAGCAGCAUGGAGGCAUGUUAGGUUUUUUCCCUUUUUUUUUUUUUACAUUUGAAGAGGUGGUCACCAGUUACUUCAAUUGUAUUGAAUUUGGCUGCAAUGCUGUUUGCCCCUGAAACUCCAAAAGUGUUUUGUGAAAUCAAACACUUCACCCUCCACUCCAUCGGCAUAGUGGGGAGUAGAUAAUGGGUGAAUUAUCACUUUUUGGGUGAACUAUCCCUUUCUGGAAUAUGUUAGAAUUGAUCGGAUAUUAAUCCAGGUAAACUCCACUGGAUACUUUGAUAUGUUUUUAUAACAUCUGCUGAUAAAUGCCAAUAACCAUGAAGGCCUUUCUAUUGUUCUUGCUUUAUUUUUCAUUUCUGAAUGUUUAAGUAUACUGUGUAUAUUAAAUAUAUCAUGUUAUAAACACGUGUCUCCUCUGUUGCAACACUUUCUUUUUCAGCAGCUUUUGCUCUUUGGAGAAAACCGCCUUGAGAAAUUCUUGUGUAACAGCUCAAUAAAAAAAGUCACAUGGGAACUGCAACUAAUAAAUGAACUAUUCUUGGUUUUAGUUUGUUUUCGUUUACCCACUUACUGUAUUCUGGAAGACCAAUGCAUUUUAACUGUGAAAUGCAAAUGUUUUUUUUUUAAUAAUUCAGCAUAAGUGAUUCAUAUACACAGUAUUUAUCUUUUCCACCAUCUGAAAUAUAACUAUCAAUAAAGGUUGAAAUCUAAGGAAA